GUUUCGUGGAGUACGGUUGCUCUUUGUAUUCGGCUCUCGUGAUAGUGUGUCAGUUCGUUCGACGGUUUGACUCGGGACGCAGAGUAGAUAGAAUGACAGCGACGUGAGAUUCCAUUGAUCCGGGAUCGUCUUCCACGUCCGACUUCCUCUACCGUGUAUACUUCCGUGUCGCGUGCUUCCCCGUGGUUCGACACUAAAACAAGGAUGCGGAGCCUCGACGUAGCUACGUUUCUACUUAGCCUCCUGGCGACGGCGUUCGGCCAGGACGGCGACCUGUUCUUCUCGGUGAACCCCGGCGAGCACUCGGUCGUCGAGGGAUCCUCCGUGCGUCUGAGAUGCGAGGCGCAGCCCAGCUCGCGCGUCAAGUACUCCUGGAAGAUCGACGGGCAGCCCCUCGCGCCGAGUCCCCGGCGGCACCAGGACGGCGGCGACCUGCAGAUCACGAGGGUCAAUCGGAUCCUCGACAGCGGCAACUUCGUCUGCGUCGCGACGCACGAGGACACCGGAUACUCCAUCGACAGCACACCGGCCAAGAUCGACAUCCAAUGGAUCAGCGAGGCGAGCGUGCAGCUACAGCAGCCGAAACUACCCUCCGCGGUUCACGUGGGAAGCGAGGUUGAACUUCGAUGUCACGUCGAUGGCUCUGGAGACAUGGAAUACGAGUGGUUCAAAAACCGCAGGCUGGUGCGCAGCGAUCGGAUCGAGGUGAGGAAGAAGAAGCUGCAUAUUCAUCGCGCGGUUCCCGAGGACAGCGGCAUGUACAGCUGCCUGGCGAAGAACAAGGCCGGAUCGUCGCCGAAGAUGGAGAGCUAUCCGCUGACCGUGUCGGGCAACGAGACCGCCACGAUAAAGGUCGUGCCGAGGAACCUAAUCGCGAAACGCGGCGAGCCGGCCGUCCUCCACUGCGUAUUCGAGGACGCUGACUCCGUUCAGUGGUUCUUUAAGGACAUCGGCCCGCUGGAAACCGACGACGAGAGAACGGUUCUCGACAACGGCACUUUGGUGAUACGCGUCGCCGAGGACAGGGAUCAAGGAUUCUAUUCCUGCCACGGGGAUAGGGGGGACACCACCAUCACCUACACGGUCGAACUUCAAAUAGCUUAUUUAAUGAACCUCUCUGCGGCCUCGUUCGAGCCCCUACUGCCGAACCAAGUGGCGGUGGUGGCGGUGGAUCAGGAACUCCAGGUCAGUUGCCUGGAACCCGCCGGGCUGCCGGCUCCCAAAGUCUACUGGAAAGACCCCAGCGGACACAUUAUAAGCGAUUCCGGGGCUGUGCGUGUUCAGGAUAACACGCUUAUCGUCGCGAACGCUCGGAAGGACGAGGACGAGGGCUCUUACACUUGCGUCGCCGAAAACAUGGCCGGUGAGACCGAGAUAUCCGCUCAAGUGGUCGUUUCCACUGCCCCGACGCUGAUCAGCUCCCCGGAGAGUCAGAGCGUGAUGGAGGGAGAUUCCGUGACGUUGACGUGCUCCUACGCGGGAAUGGAUCCGCCCGUGACCCACGUACGCUGGCUGAAGAACGGCGAGCCGUUGAAGGAAAGCGGAGGGCCGACGAGACACCGGGUCACCGAUCACCACGGCAACGUGACCCUGCACUUCAAGAGCGCCGACCUGUCGGACAAGGGCACCUACAUGUGCGAGGUAUUCACGAAGGGCUUCCCGUCGAUAUUUUCGGAGCGGGCCACUCUGACGGUGGAGGAGAAGCUCAAGUUCUCGCCGCAACCGGUGGACAAACGGCUGGAGCUCGGCUCGACCGCGAAGGUCCCGUGCAAGUCCCAGGGCGCGACCAAUCCGAUGGUGAAGUGGAUCAAGGAGGGGGUGGGCGAGAAAUUCCCGGAACACGUGCAGGAUAUCAACGGCACGCUCCAUUUCAACGGUGUCCUCGAGAAGGACAAGGGGCGGUACACUUGCAUAGCCAGCAACGCCCAGGGAUCGAUCAACCACACGAUCAACAUCGACGUAGUCAUCGCGCCGAAAUUCACGAUCCAACCGCAAAACCCGACGGAGGCAACGGAGGGCUACUCGGUGAUGUUGCACUGCGCGGCGGAAGGCGACCCGAAGCCGACCAUCCAGUGGGACAAAGACUCCCGCAUGAACAACCUGAACAACUCCCGGUUCGAAGUGCUGGGGAACGGAAGUUUAUACAUAAAGGAGGUGUUCCUGGGCGACGAGGGGAAGUACGGGUGCACGGCGGGCAACAGCGGGGGAUUGAAGCGAGAGGAGGUUCAGCUGAACGUGAAAGCCAACGACACGCCGAGGUACGACAUGGACCUAGAAGUGAGCGACGACGGAUCGAUGAUGACGAGGACGGUGACGAUCACGCUGAGCGCGGCCGCGGCCUACAUGAUCCUCGUCGUGGGCUUGAUGCUGUACUGCAGGUACAGGCGUCGCCGUAGGAAGCAGCAGUACCUUCAGGAACAGGCGGAAGAAAAACUGGAGAACGGAGAGGUGCAGGAGGAGCAGACCGAGCUGAAGGAGACCGGGAACAGCAAGAUGAACUCGACGCACAAGAAGAAGGAGAACCGCGACUCCCACAACAAGAGCGACGGCGCGGACACCGCUCAGAGCCAGAGCAGCAACCAGUCGAAGAAGUCCAAGUCGAACUACGACAAGAUCGCUGUGUCGCGGAGCAACCUGAAGGACCUGAAGCCGCUCGGCCGCGGCGAGUUCGGCGAGAUCUACGCCACCAAGUACCAAGUGGAAGGCGACAAGGAGUCCCUGGUGAUGGUCAAGAGCCUGACGAACACGAAGGACGAGACGUCCCUGCAGGAGUUCAAGCGGCAGUUGGAUCUGCUGCACAAGCUGAGCCACGAGAACGUGGUGAAGCUGAUCGGCCUGUGCCGCGAGGAGGAGCCGGACUACAUGAUCCUCGAGUACACCGACUGGGGGGACUUGAAGCAGUUCUUGAUCGCGUCGAGGAAGGACAAUAACUCCAGCCCGACCCACGAGACGAAGGCACCACGAGCACCGCAACUGUCCGUCGCGCAGAUCAUCUCCCUGUCGAACCAGGCGGCGAAUGGGCUGAAACAUCUCGCGGACACUCGUCUGGUUCACAAGGACAUAGCCGCCCGUAACUGCCUGAUCGCCAGCAACCUGACGAUCAAGAUCUCGAUGCCGUGCAUGACCAAAGAGCCCUAUCAGCAGGAGUACACCAAGCACCGGAACCAAGUGAUCCCGUUAAGAUGGCUGCCGUACGAAGUCGUCUACGAGGACGAGUACUCGACCAAGAGCGACGUAUACUCGUUCGCCUGCCUCGUCUGGGAGAUGUUCCAUCAGGGCGAGCUGCCGUUCAACAAGAUGAACGACGAGUCCGUGCUGUCCGCUCUCAAGACGCAGACCCUCGCGUGGAAGCCGCACAAAGCGGCGCCGCCCGCCCUGCAGGAGCUGCAGGCCCAAUGCUGGGCGAACGACCCGCGGGAGAGGCCGACCUUCGACGAGGUUGUCUCGAAAAUAGGUGAAAUUGUCGUCGACAGUUGUCUCUAGAUCGCUCGAGACGAUGCCACGAGGCUCUAAAUCGGAGAUACCGGGGCGGGGGUAAUGAUUGCGCUCGUGCUCGACAACGGUAGACUGAAUGACUGGAGAAGAAGGAGAAGGUGGAGGAGGAGGAGGAGGAGGAAAGUCGAAGGAUCUCAACGUUGCUCGAUCUAGCUAGAGUUUAGUUACACCGAGCCAGCUUCCCGGCGAUCGGCCGCCCAGCAAUGAUUACCCGCGCCGCGGUAUUCUGUCGCGUCCAUUAGGUCGUUAAGGAUAUAAUUUAUUUGUAACACAAGGAUCCGCUCCAAUGACUGCUAACGUCGGAUUAACGUUAAGGAUAACCGUACGGCCCCGUACACGCUACAAUAUUAUACGACUAAACGCAAUAUUUAGUACUCAGUAUCAGUGUAACGAUAUAGGUAAUAUCGACCACCAUCGCACAUCGAAUAUACUCGUAAGUUACGCUAUAUUGUCGUCACGGCAGAGAUCGCAAGCUACAAUGUGAACGCAUCGUAUUAAGAAAGUAUCACGACCAUAUCAACAAUUGAACGAACGACGAUUUUUAUAUCCGCCUAAUUCGCGUCUGACACUCGUUGUAUUCCGUUAAGGUUUAAGGCUUAAGGAUUAUUUAUAGCUAACACCUGUGUCUAACACGUACAUUUAUAUAUAUAUGAUAUACGCGCCGUCGCGCGGAGCCACUCCAGCCGCGUGCGCCGCGAACACUCGUCUCGCCGUGUACGCGUCCGCGGCGGCUCCGCGCGCUCACGCGCGCGAGAUGGGCCAUCGAGUUGAAAUUGUUCGCCCGAUCGCGCGGAUAUUGGCCGAUAUUGGAGGCUGCCAUUCGUACGGUUGGUCGAACGGUUUUCGUUGCACGGGUCGCGGGAGUUGGGCGAGGAGGGAACGAAAGGGGAACACUGAAAGGAAGCGAGAAGCUCGAAAUCGUUCGAUAUCGGCUCGAAGAGGGUAGAAAGAGAGAGAGAGAGAGGGAAACGGCCUUGUACAUACGGAGGGUACAUAACUGUAAGUUCGUUAAGUAGAAUCGCGAGAUUCCGGUUUGAUUUUGAUCGACGACGCACUUCCGACGGAUCGCGACGUUAUCGUUCAUCGCUGGCUCUCGGUCACGACGAAGCUGCUCGCGUCGAGCAACGCUGCCUAUUUUCGCAUUCAAAGAGGAAUAUAGUUUAUAAGAGACCGUCGCGUCGAGGUCCCGGUCUCCUCGCUGGAUCGCGGGAUGCCGCGACCGCCCGCGCGACGGGAAUCAGCACAACGAAAUCGUUUCAUUCGAUUACGUUCCCGUACGAUCGGAUUAUUUCGCUUUGCACACGCGCACGACCCCGCCGCCCCGCACAAUCGACAUCGGUCGCUUUCAGUUCGCGAGUUCAGGACGGGAGGAGGCUUCGGCUCGUCGCGAGACGUUUUGAUUUCGAAGGGGUCGUGCCAGGCCCCCGUCGGUUUCCGAAUUUUCGUCGUUUCGAGCUCGAGGCGCGUGGGACAGGAAUGGGUGCGAAAGAUGAUCGCGGACAGGCUCUCGGCCGCACGGGAGUAGAGAGGACAGGACGACAGGCGCUCGGUACAGGUAUAAAACGUAUUCCGCAUCCGAUAUAUUAUUAAACGAUUACUGAUCCAUAGCUCGUGGAAGGGGAACGCGUACACGUUUCGGAGCUUACCAAGACGAAAUUCGAUGAUGGUCGAGACGAACGCGAUUCCAGGGGAACUUCGAUAGUCUGGGUCAACUGGGUGUUUUCUUCCGGGGAAAUGGUGUAAUCGGACGACACGCUGGCUCGAUCGCGAUGCAAAAUAUCGAUCAGUAUUCCAAGUAUUCUCAGCCGAGCUCUGCACACGUAUACGCAUAUAAAAUAUAUAAUGUAUCAUAUACGCAUCUAGAUGUACGAGACACUAAGGUAAACACUGCCAGUGAGCAUCUCUGUAACGUUAAAGGUUUCAUAAUCAUAGCGAAUACGACCAUUCCCCUAAUUUAAUGCACCCUCGUCGCACCGAAGGCCAUCCACGGGAGACCUCGAUGCUGCUUUCCCGGUCGCAUCGAUCCCCCCGGGAGCCGUCGUAUAUCACGAUUUUGCAAGGGACGUCGAAUCUUGUCGUCGAUCGCUCGGGGUUCAACGUUCCCGUCGCAAGCGAUCUCAACGAAAUUACAUCUCGUUCCGUUCACCGACCGACUGAUCCUACCGACCGAAGAUACGAAAUGCCAAUCGAAAACGAUAGAACUCAGAACCGCGGAGUCCAAUGUACCGCAAUCUAUCGGAAUGUAACGAUCGAAAGAGAAGAGGAAGAAGAAGAAGAAGAAGAAGAAAGGGGAUCGCGAAUGGUCGAUGGCAAUGGAUUCGCGAAGCCACCUAGCAAACGGUCCAAUCUGGUUGUUCCAGAUGCUUCCUAAAUGUUCGCAGUAUAUGCCAAGAAAAUAUUCUUGUAACAUAAAAAAAUACGUUAGGAACAUACCUUGCAGCAACUUCGCUCGCGCUUGGAUAAAUCGUCGAGGCCGCGAUCGAUCGGGCCCCGACGAGAACCAAACCGUGCUCAUAUCAUUCGCCGAUCGAAUUUCCCGGAGGCCGCGAUCGUCGACCCGUCGUCUUGUCUGGCGUCGACCGGGGAAAACGCGCAUUUCCCGCCGCUCAUUCGCAAUCGUCGCUCGUCUGGAAAAGUUUACACUCGAGUUUAUCGCGCGCGCUACUCUCCCGUGCUCGUGUAUUCACCGUCGUCGUUUCGCGUAAUUGGAUGGCAAGACGAGGGGGUCGACGCGGCCGAGCACACCGAGAGAAAAAAACAGAGAAAAAGAGAGGGAGAGAAAGAGAGAGAGAGAAAGAGAGAGAGAGAACGAAAGGAGUGUUAGAGAGGGAGAGACAGGGAGAGAGAGAAAGAGAGAGAAAGAGAGAGAAAGAGAGAGAAAGCGAGAGAAAGUGAGAGAAGAAAUAGCGCUGCGCCGGUGAUUUUUAACGAAGCGACCUAUUAUUAUGCCUAAUGUGUCUAGUCAUACACGGUGGGAGAAGUGUAAGCGAGAAGCGAACGCAAGAUCCAUUUUUUGAACGAAGGUUUUUCAUAUCCGUAGGCGUUUUGUAAUCGAUUUUCUUUUUUACAGUAUUUUGUAAAUAUUUGUACUUUUUUAUCUACACAUCGUACUUAUGAAUCUUUGAAAUAGUAUGUGCUACGAUUAAAUAAAGGUGGAUAA